GGAUUUCAUGUGUCAGGGUGACAUUUUGGAAGAAAAAAAAAUUGCGUGUAGCGUAAAAAAUUCCAUAAAGCAAAACGAAGUUUCAGGAGAAAAAAAUUAAAAAGAUAGUAGAAGAGUGUGAAAAUCAUACAAAAUGUUCAUUUAGAGAAAUUAAGGGUGCGUGACAGUGAUUUGUGUUGGUUUUUCUUGAAGAAAAAUUGAGAGGGAAGUGUGCAAUUUGUGAAUUCUGUGACGUGCACUUCCGUGGACCACACAAAUCCCCUAAAUGUUGUUUUAGUCUGGACAUGGUUGUUGUGAGUAACGGCUGGUUGGAACAUGCUGCAGAAGUUCAGUCCUUCCUUCGAGCGAAUGACUUAACCAUGUCAGCGCCCACCGUCCCGACUGGUGCUGCUUCAAAUAACGGCAGCAGCACCCUUUUGGCGCCCACCGUUGCCGCAUCAGCUUCCACAAUUGUACCACCCACUCUAGGCGAACUAGCGACAGUUGAUGGCGAGAAUGCUGUGCCACCAGGAGCUCAGUCUGCGGCACCCCCAGAUGCGGGAGAAUGGUUACCUUUCGAUUCGGAUAAUGCUAGACCGUAUGGUAACGGUAAUGGCCAGAGAAAUCCUAGCAACCAGCCGGCCAAGGCUAUUCUCAAGUGUCGACCAAACUCACAUCCAUUUCAGAAUCGGACGCUUCUGCUUGAACCCAAUCAAGAAGUUAAGGUUGGGCGUUCUGUUCCUCGGCAUCGAGUCGCUGAACACAAUGCUAUCUUUGACUGUAAAGUACUGUCGAGAAAUCAUGCUGUGUUAUGGUACAGCGAUGGAAAAUUCUUUAUACGCGAUACAGGCAGCAGCAAUGGUACAUUCAUCAACAAUCAACGGUUAUCCCCAAUGUCGCAUCGUUCAGAUCCAUUUGAAGUGAGCUCUGGGGACAUUGUACAAUUUGGCGUGGAUGUUACAGAGAAUUCGCGCAAAGAGACACAUGGAUGCAUUGUGGCCACCCUUAAGCUCUUUCUGCCGGAUGGUCGUGAAACUAAGGCCAGUCAGUCUACAUGUGUGGGUGAAAUUCCACCCGAGGAUCUCCAUCGGCUCAAUCAGUAUAUUCAGGAGAUAAUGCAGCGUGAACAAGUGCUAGAGUCCAAGAUGGUGGAUUUGCAAAAGUUCCUUGAAGUAUCCAGAACAAAUGCCGAGAAUAGUUGGCAGGCAAUGAUCGAUGAAGAUCGUCUGCUAAAUCGUAUUGAUAUAUUGGAGAACAAAUUGCAGAAUUAUCAGAAGACCGCAACGGAAGAUAAACUGCGCGAUGAAGUGUUGAAAUUGCAGGAGGAUAAACUCCUCUAUCAAGAUUCGGCCAAAGAGGCAUUGAGGAAAGUCUAUCAGGAAAGGUAUGAGGCAAUUCAAAAAUUGGGUGGCAUGGCUGUGGAUCUGUGCAACAGCGAAGGUGAAUGUUCACUGUUGAAAGAGCAAGCUAUGAAAGCCCAAAAUGAACUUAGGGAUACCCUAUCACGCUAUAACACACUUCAGCAGAAAUAUGAUGAGCUAACGGAGAAGUUUAGUCAAUUAGAGAGUCAAUCGCCCAAAAAUACAGCUUCCUCACUCAUUCAAGCACCUGAUGGCAGUGCAGACACCGAUAAAGGCAUGAAUGAGAAAUACUGCCCUGAGGAGUCUGCAGCCAAAAGAGAAGCUUUGCUAAAUCUUUUUGCUAAAUCUGAUCUGAAAAACGUUGAGGGUUCUGAUGAUAUCAUUAAAUCAAUGUUCAAUGACACUGAUGGAAAUAAUGAUUUGAAUAAUGUGCACGCUGUAUAUACGAGAAUCUACAAUAGACUCUUGGAAAUGGAGAAGAAUUUCAACUUAACCGACAAUAGUAAUCCAAAUACUGUUAAACAAGAGCACAUUCGUCGGGAUAGCGAGUGUUCCAUAGAUUCAAAUUCGAGCACAGAGACAACGGUGAACGAUGGUAAUCAAAAUGUCAACGAGGGAGAAUUGACACCGGUUCACAAAAGGAUGAUAAGUACAACAAUUGAUGAAUUGAAGGAUAUAUACAGUGACCUGAUGAGCAAUGUAGCAACAGCACGGGAGGAUGUUCUUGCGCGUAAGGAAGCCAAGGAAAGGUGUGAAGAAAUGGAGGCCAAGCUGAUCUCGCUGCAGGCUGAACUGCAAACCCUCUCCCUGGAACUGCAAACACGUCCCACAUACAAUCAAUACCACGAAAAAGUGAAGCUGUGUGAUGAUCUGCAGACGGAAGUAGUAGGACUGCAAUCGCAGAUCACUACACUGAGAGAAACAAGUGAGAAAGUUGGGGUCGAAUGUGAUGUGUUGCGACAACAAUUGGCCGUAAUUAGGGAUACGGUUAAGUGUGACAAAUUGUCACAAACUGAUGAGAUUGAUUGUCCACCAUCCAGUGAUUAUGGACACAAGUCUCAAGUAAAAUUUGUACAAGUGACUACUGAGAUUGAAAAUGAUGCAGAAUUGUCUCAGGAGAUUAAACUCAUCACCGAUCCUGAUAUUCAACGCGAGGAGGAAUUGAUUCUCUAUAAAGAAAAAUUUACUCAAUUGAAUGAGGAAAAAAUUACGCUACAGCAGGAGCUUGAUCAGGUGAAAAAGAAUUAUAACUAUUUAAAGAAUAAGUCAAUCAUUACGUUAUUAACUUAUUUGGUGCCCUUUGUGGCACUUAUCAGUUAUUUUUUAUUUACACUCUUCUCGUAAAAUUGAGAAAAAAAACAACCAGUAAGAAAAAGAUAAAAAAUUUGUAGUUAUGAUGCUGAUUUCUUGUGUGGUACUGUUGUGGUUGAUGCUGACAAAAACGGCGAACAAAUCUAUAAUAUAUCAUCUCUUUUUCAAGUUGAUCUUCAUUCACAUACUUUUAUCCAUCCAGUAAAUAUUGUACUAAAACAAAAAACCCUACGUUGUUCUCAUAAUUUAUUUUGAGAAGUAACUUCUUCUACAUUAAUUCCUUUCAUGUAUGAAUUUUUCCUUUUUCUUGUGUUGAUACAAAAUUAACGUGUAAUAUUAAUGUUUAAGAUCGCGAAAAAUUUAUGAAAUAAAAUCAUCAAAUGAAGAAACACCAACACAAAAAAAAACUAAAUGAAAUGCCUUUAGAAUGUUCUUAUACAGUGCAAGAAAAUUAGUGAAAGGGAAAGAAUAAUGUACGAGGAUAACCAUGUGAAAGAUAUUUGUGUGAGGAAACAGACAGCAUUUAUAUUACCAGAAAAAAGAA